AUGGUGCUUGGCAAAGGUGUUGUCGGGAUGAGCGCAACGAUUUGUUUGAGCGAGCGAAGGCGCUGUUCAGUGUCUCUAGAAGCUCAUUUGAUGGGCCUUUAUCUAUUGGCCCGCGCGUCUUUCAAACCCGACUGCCAUAGAGUUUGUCAAGAAGGGAUCGCCCACAGCUCGGCUCGAAUGGCCGCUGACAGUGCUGGGCUUGCUACGGUACACCCUCUUCCAUCAUUGUUCCUCAGUUUUGCAAAAGCAAGGAAGCCGACCGAGGAGACUUGUGCAGUGAGGGCUUGCUCUACACUGCUGCUUCGCUAUGCGAGAUUGAACCUUCAUUCUGCUGAGCAGCUGUGUGAUGAUGCUCCAAAUGAGAGGAGGAGGAGAAGGAGGAUGAAGAUGGUAGCGGUGCAAAACAGAAUUACAUAUGUACAGCUAUGGCUAGAGUGGCCAAAAGAGACCAGGAAAGACACGCGCCAAAUCACCUGCGCGCCAGACUGUAUCAAAGAAAGCAAAGACCGCGUAGAGCGCAGCUGGGGCACCCAUGGCAAUGCCCGCAACGAGUUCAAGUCAUGGUUCACACCAGUGUGCUUCUUCAAGCAAGUCAACCACAACAAUUCCAAUUGUUCCAAGAACAAUGCCUUGGCGAGAUUCCAAAGGCUAUGCGUAGUGCUACAAUGCUCAAACCCACCCUUUUCGUGCUCGCUGCGGAUUUUGUUUGCUGUUGCGGUUGCCGCGCUUCAAGUUUCUUUUGUUCUGGUUCCUCAUGGCAUUUUUCUUCUCUUGAAUUCCUUGUUUUGA